GAAAUCAACGCUUACAAACUGUAAAGGGAAGCAACUUUAAUUUCCUGUUUCCACACACCCAAAUGAACAUUUUCUAAAUUUACUUCUAUUUUAUGCUGUAAUUCAUACGUGAAGAAGAUGAUUUUGCUCGAAAUACACAACAGAAUUGUUGUUGAAACUUUAACAGCCAAGAUAAAAAAUGCAUUAGAAGGGAAUAAGCCAGAUACAGUAGAUGUGACUGUAGCAGAUUUUGAUGGUGUGCUGUUUCAUUUGUCAAAUCCCAAUGACAAAAAUAAAAUAUUGGUAAGCAUUUCAAUGCACUUCUACAAGGAUCUCCAGGAACAUGGUGCAGAUGAGCUCAUCAAAAAGAUCUAUUCAGAUAUGCUAACAAACACAGAGGAUGGCUACAAUGUAUCACUUCUAUUUGACCUUGAAAACAUUCCAUCUGAUUGGGAGGAACGUGUGGAGAAAGCAGGGCUUCUAAAGAGAAAUUGCUUCGCAUCAGUGUUUGAGAAAUACUUUGCCUUCCAGCAGGCUGGGGAGGCUGGCAGGGAAAAAGCUGUGAUCCAUUAUAGAGAGGAAGAAACUAUGUAUAUAGCAGCUCAGAAAGACAGAGUUACUGUUAUAUUUAGUACAAUCUUUAAGGAUGAUGAUGAUGUAAUCAUAGGAAAAGUUUUCAUGCAAGAAUUUAAAGAAGGCAGAAGAAAUUAUCAACAAGCCCCGCAGGUUUUGUUUAGUCACAAAGACCCACCCACUGAACUUCAGGGCAUGGAUGCUCGAACAGGAGAUAAUAUUGGAUAUAUCACUUUUGUGUUAUUUCCGCGUCACACUGCUGCUGCUGUAAAAGAUAAUACAAUCAACCUGAUUCACACGCUCAGAGAUUAUCUUCAUUAUCAUAUCAAAUGUUCUAAGGCAUAUAUUCAUACCAGAAUGAGGGCAAAGACAUCCGAGUUUCUGCGCGUAUUGAACAGAGCCCGACCAGAACAAGAAAAAGAGAAGAAAACAAUCAGUGGAAAGACUUUCAGAAUGUCCUAGGAUCAGCGUGAUGUAACUUGCAGCGAAAAUUGGCAUCUGGAAUUGGACAAGGGGAAAAAUGAAUUGUAGAGAAAGGAAAACCAGUUACUACUUGCACUUAAUCUUGCUUGCAAAACAGUUUUUUUAUUUAUUGUUGGAUUUAAAGGAAUAUUUUGUGCAAAUAUAGUGCUACAUAACUGUAAAGUACAUCAAGUGAAAUGAACAAAAUAUGAUAUGUAAAAUUAUAAAAAAAAUAAAAACCAAACAGACUUAAACCUACACAGGAAAUUUUCACUAUAUGUAUUAUGUCUAUCUUGAGGGUUAUGGAUUUAGAUUUUUAUAUUUAAAUAAAACCAAAUGUAAUAAUUGGUUAUUAAAACAUCCAGAAAAAACAUAUAUAUUCCUCAUUUAGCUAUGAUAAAAAGUAGAUACAUAUAUAUAACUCUAUUGAUUAAUAUUUUAAGAAAAGAAAUAAAUUGACGACAGUAAAAUUGAAAGCUUAAAGCCUUCGAUAGUGCUAAUAUACAAAAAAUGCUUUGAAAUUCUAGUUGGUUUUUUUUUGCUAUACAAAAAGCACAAAUGUUUUAUUGCAAGGCAUUUGUGUGACUUUAAUAUCAGUGGCAAAUUGUUAACUUAACCCAUGUUGAAUUGUACAUUUUCUAUCAUAAUCGUGUAUCUAUUAAAAUAUUAAUUGAAAUUUA